CUCACUUUCAUAGCUUCUAGUAGGGGUGUGCUACAGGUCCCCAAACUCCUGCAAAGUAAACAAUGACAAGUUGAUACUACUAGUUAAAGAAGCCAUGCAAAUGAAGAUGAAAAAUGUUAUUAUUAUGGGUAUAGAGAAGGAAACUUUAAAAAGAAGUAUAGUAAAACAACAUAACAGACUGGAGGGUCCAUAUAUCAAGGAAUCAAAGUAAAUAUUCUGUUUGGGCAUUCCUGUCACACAAGGCCCUAAACAGGAGAGCGCAAUACCACGUCGCCAGUACCCGGCGCCACCUGCACCCAUCUUGCCAUGGCCAGUGUUCCGGAGGUCCGUGCCGGCGGCUCUGGCGAUGACCCUCCGGAGUCGGACCUGGCCGAUCAGCUGAGCUCCGUCGCCGCCGAGCUGGCAGACGUGGACGCCAAGAUCGCUGAGCUGCAGGAGUGGCGCCGCCUGCUGACUGAGAAACAGGCGCGUCUCAAAGAGCGCGUGACGGCUGGCCGCGUGGCGCGACUUGCCGACCAGGACUGGGAGACGCGCCGGUUCCCGUGGUCGGAGAGACUGGCGGCCGUGCUGCGCGACCGGUUCGGAAUCGACAGCGGGUUCCGGCCGCUGCAGCUGUCGGCCAUCAACGCCUCCAUGUCGGGCCACGACGUGAUGCUGGUGAUGCCGACCGGCGGCGGCAAGAGCCUCUGCUUCCAGCUGCCGGCGCUGGUGAGCGAUGGUGUUACGCUGGUGGUGACGCCGCUCGUGUCGCUGAUGGAGGACCAGGUGACGGCGCUGCGCCGGCGCGGCGUCCCCGCAGAGAUGCUGAGCGCCACCACCACGCGCCAAGACGCCAGUCGAAUCCUGGCCGAUAUGAUCAGCGAACGUGCAGAGAUGCGCCUGCUCUAUGUCACGCCAGAGAAAAUGGCCAAAAGUAAACGAUUUAUGACCAAACUCCAGGCGAUGCACAAAGCGAAGCGCUUUGCGAGACUGGCCAUUGACGAGGUGCAUUGUUGCAGCCAGUGGGGCCAUGACUUUCGGCCCGAUUACAAGUUCUUGGGCAUCAUGAAGGGCAUGUUCCCGGGAGUGCCCAUCAUGGGUUUGACUGCCACUAGUACUGCAGAUGUUACACGCGAUGUCAAAAAGAUGUUGCAUAUCCCCGAGGCCAUCGUGUUUAAGGCUACCUUCAACCGUCCGAAUCUGUUCUACUCGGUGCGCCCGAAGCCGGCCACGGGCGAAGGCUGUGUGGAAGAGCUGGUGCGACUAAUCGGUACCGUGUACAAGGGAAAGUCGGGUAUUGUCUACACGACCACCAUUAAGGACACCGAGGAGCUGGCCGAGCGGCUGUGCAAGGCCGGCAUCACGGCAGCCCCCUACCAUGCCCGACUGGAGGCGCCGCACCGGUCCCGCAUCCACCAGCGCUGGCUGGCCGACAAGGUGCGCGUCGUCGUGGCAACCAUCGCCUUCGGCAUGGGCAUCGACAAGCCGGAUGUGCGCUUCGUCAUCCACCACUCGCUGUCCAAGUCGCUGGAGAACUACUACCAGGAGAGUGGCCGGGCGGGGAGGGACGGCCAGCCAGCCGACUGUCUGAUCAUGUACCGGCUCCAGGACGUGUUCUCGCUCAGCACAAUGGUGUUCACGGAUGCCGCCACUGGUCUGGACAACCUGUACACCAUGGUCCGCUAUUGCCUGUCCACCAGCCGUUGCCGCAGACAGCUGAUUGCGGAACAUUUCGAGGAGCAGUGGACGCAGGCCGACUGCGCGCAACGCUGCGACUCCUGCCAGCGGCCGGUCUCAGCCGAGCGCCGUGACAUCACGCGCCACGCGCGGGCCCUGCAGAGCCUGCUGAGUCGGGCGGCUGCGUCGGACACCCGGCUGACAGCGAUCAAACUGGUGGACGCCUGGCUGGGCAGCGGGCCGGCGCAGCUGCGGCUGUCGGCCGCCGAGGUUCCGGCCAUCACCCGGCCGCGGGCCGAGGCGGUGCUGGCACACCUGCUGACCGAGUCCUAUAUCAAAGAGGACUUUCACUUCACGCCGUAUAAGACCAUCAGCUACCUGGUGGCGGGUCCCAACGAGGGAAACUACCCGGUGACGAUGGAGGUGGCAGGCAGCACCUCAACUUCAUCAGCCGGCGCCGACAGCAGGUCCCCGGUCAAACGACCUACCGCAGCAGCGGGUAAGGUCACAGGCAGUGCCGACAAGACCCCACCUAAGCGGCCCGCUGUAUCGGGGGAGAAGGCGGUCAGCGACAAGAGUCGACGCAGGUCGAAACUGUCUGUCUCGGCGAAAGCCAGCCGGCGGACAGAGUCGGAGGGAUCCGCUUCCGCUGUCACCGGUGUGAAACGGUCCAAGUCGUCACCCUGUGACGAAGUGGCGGCCAAACGGCGGAAGACGCUGCUGGCCGCCCUGGCUGCUCGUGGCGUCCAGUCGGCUGGGGAUGACGUCUCGAACUGCGGCGAUACAGCCGACCUCGAGCUUCCGCGGAACAGCUCAGCUGUCUCGGGACUCGCCCCCACAGUGGACCGACCUCUCUCCCAGCCGGACCUGAUAGUCUUGGAUAGCUGAUAGCUACUUGUGCUUCAGCUUCCGGUAAGUGCCAUGCACUAUUUACUAUGUGAUGUAUCGUGAUCUGUUGCGUCGCCUGUGUAACCUUAAAGAUGGAAAAUAGGUAACCAUGUGGAAUUUAAAGUGUCGAACGAAUCCGAUGGCAUCAAUACAUUUACGGUCCCUGUGACCAGUUCAUAUAGUAA